AUGACCAUGACCGCCGUCGAUCACAGUCCUCUGCUGGACCUCGCUGAGGUUGCCAACAAUAUCAGACCACCGCCUCUGACCGAGGGUCGAAGCGACGCUACACCGCGCAAACGGGCCAGGAUUGCCUGUUCUUCCUGCCAUUCUCGCAAAGUGCGCUGUAACAUUGUUCAACACGGCCCUCCUUGCUGGAAUUGUCGUCAAGAUGGGAGCAAAUGUAUUGUUCCUCCACCAAAGGUCCGAGGGCAGAUGUAUUCAUUGAAGGAGACGACCAAAAAGACUGCCACAAACACCGGAUCGAAGAUCGGCUACUCCAGUCACGACUGGCUCGCCCCGGGCCAGCAUUAG